AUGGGGCUGACGGAUCGAAAAGAUUGCAAGAAAUGUCAAGAGCAGGGCACUAAGGAAACAAUGGAGCAUCUCUUGUGCACUUGUACCGCAUUGACAAGACUACACUUUAAGCAUCUGGGGUCUCCAUGGAAUGAUAUACUGGAGGAGUAUGUUAAGAUUCUGGCAGGCGGACGCACCUCAUCCACACUGCGCAUACGUGGCCCAAGCGACGACAGUGCAGCCGACAAAUCCUACACAGAACCGUUACGCGGUGAACGGUUGCAUAUGGAGGACGAAGAGGAUGAACACGAAUUAUCCGAGAACUUCGUCUCUUCAUCCACGAUGGGACCGGAAUUGGUGCGCGCAAUAAUCGACGAACAUAUGGAGCUGGACAAUGACACACUCGAUGAAGAAGACUGCGAAGUACAUUCCAUAACAAGUGGGGCGCGCUAUCACAAUGACAUUGCCGCCACCACCAGCAACAGCAAUAACAACAAUCAUGACAGCCAAGCACGACAAAUGUUGCAUUGCACCGUUAAAACAGUAUUCCCAGCACCAGCGCUGAGAGACAAACAAUUGCUGGCAACACACACAACGAAUUUGAGCGCCAACAACUGCAACAACAACAGUCACAAGCGUCUUUACGGCAGCGAUGAAGAGGACACCGACUCCGACACAUAUUCCAGCAUGUGUGAGAUCAAGAAAACCGAAGGUCUGCUAUCGAUAGCGUUGAAGACGAUCAAAUUGGUGAAACGAAAUCAAUUGUUGCAACGACGUCUGGCGCAGCUGCAGGUCGAGACAUCGGAGUUCAUACAAUCGGUAAUGGCAAAUCCGGAGAAUCGACAUAUUCGCGGUAAUAUGAACUCGCCGGCAACAACAAUAUCGUCAACACCGUCAUCACCUUCAAUGCCUUCGCCGUCAACCGAAUCACCGCUAACACCGUUACAAUCGCCAACAACAACAACAACAAUGCAGCAGAGUCAAAACGCGGCGGAGGCCUAAAAUGUAGCUUGGACUGGAGAUAGCCUAAGCGUAGUUUUAUUGUAGCGAGCAGCAUGUUGCUGACGCUUGGCCACAUGUUGCACACAUACUAAAAUGUUGCGAAGCACAAUUCAACCAACAUUUACACAUAUACUUAUGCAUAGGUAUGCACACACACAUACGCAUAUAUACAAGUACAUCAUUUGAGUGCUUUGCUUUUGCGCGGCGUGUUUUUGUUUUUGGUUUUUCUUUUGUUGGCAGCCAAUCAAGCUGCUUGCAUUGCAUACUUGCAGGCGUACCUCAAUUCUAUUUCAAAAUGUGAUAAAUCAGCAGAAACAAUGCAAGCACACCACAGCGCAGCCGCAUUUUAUAAAUUCUAUAUAAAGAAAUCAAAUCAUAUACACACAUAGACAUACAUAAUAUGUUAAUAUAUAAUAUAAAAAGUAAUUAAUGUAUAUAAAAUAGUUAUAAAUAUGCUACAGCUAUGUGUAUAGUAUACACACAUACAUACAUAAGUAUAGGUGAUGAAAUAUUAACAAAGCAAAGUUAAAGAAAAACCAACAACAACAACAGCAAAAAAAAUAUUACAACAAACAUUUAAACACAGUAAAACUACUCAUUUUCUAGCAUUAAGGUAUGUAACUAGUCACAACAUACAUACAUACAUAGCAUACAAGAAGAGGGAGGGAUGCGCGAAAGGCUGCGGUAGAGCUGCAGGCGACCAAAUAUUGUUGGCAGCACACUCAGCAUACAAACAUAUUUAGCAAAACUGUUAGCAUUGUAGUGAUCUCAGACGAAAGUUUUUCUCCGCCUUUAAAGCAAAAAUGAAAAACUGAAAAAACUCACAAAAAAAAAAAAUUAAAAAUUUCUCUAACAAUCAUUCAAAGCGCUAUAACACAUUAGUUGGCCACAUUACUCCCGUUACGCAUUGAAAUUAAACUUUGAAUAAUAAAAUUUUCAAAGUUUUUAAAUAUUUAAAAAACUUAAAAAAUAUUAGUGAAUUUUGAAAACAAACACUGCUCACACAAAGAGCACAUUUUCUGCUUACAACAUUAUAUAAACAUAUGUAUGUAUAUUUUAAUGCAUUUUCACCUUAAUAUUAAUGCUUUUUGUACGAGAAACCUUUGCUGCUCCUAAAAAUAUGCCAAAUAUUCGUAAGCUUAGUAACGUAGCGUCUAGCUCGGCUUCUAGCUUUGUUCCAAAUCAAUUGCGUUUUUUUGUUAUUGUUGCUUUUCAUGCAAACAGGCUUUUGUAGCACUGAACAACUAUAGUAUUUUAACUGGUUACUGUAUAUGUAUGUAGCGCGUAAUAAAUUCGUAUUUAUAAUUUCUAUAUGGAAAAUGUACUGAUUGAUAACUAAAAGUUUAACAUUUUAUUGAGCGUAGUGAAUAAAAUGUGAGCAUAGUUCGUAAAUGGUAGUGAGACGUUGAGAACUUAAUAUAGGAAAUGCUAAAUAAUAGCCUCAGCAAGUAAGAAAUGUAAUGUUUACCAGAUCGGCGAAAAAAAUACAAUUUAACAAUAAAAAUAUCUUAAAAAUAGUAUUUAUUUUGAAAUUGUUUUCAAUUUUUAUAUU